CCAUUGAUUCUUCACUUUCAUAUGAUAGACCAAAAGCAAGAAACUCCAUCUUUCUAUCUUUAUCUGAUGAUCUUGAUUCUUCUUCUCCUCAACAGGUGCAUAUUUCCAUGGUUGGUGAAGACAAGAUGAGGAUUUCAUGGAUUACCGAAGAUUCCGGCACGCCGGCGACGGUACAGUACGGUACAACUCCGGGAAGCUACCCAUUUUCAGCAAAUGGGGACACUACAUCAUACAAAUAUAUUUUGUACAAGUCUGGCGAAAUUCAUAAUGUUGUUAUUGGGCCUUUGAAGCCCAAUACCAUCUAUUACUACCGUUGUGGCCCAGAUUCAAGCCCUGAGUUCAGUUUCAAAACUCCUCCAGCUGGAUUUCCUAUCAAGUUUGCAGUUAUAGGUGACUUAGGGCAAACUGAAUGGACAACAUCAACUCUUGAUCAUAUUGCAAAAUCAAACUACGACGUUUUGUUAUUGCCCGGGGACUUAUCGUACGCGGACAUGAUCCAGCCGCGAUGGGACUCGUUUGGCCGGUUGGUGGAGCCGCUCGCGAGCCAACGGCCAUGGAUGGUGACUCAAGGCAACCAUGAGGUUGAGAAAUUUCCAGUGGUUCAUAGCCAACCCUUUACUGCCUAUAAUGCAAGAUGGCUCAUGCCAUUUGAGCAAAGUGGUUCAACUUCAAACUUAUACUAUUCCUUUGAAGUUGCUGGAGUUCAUGUCAUUAUGUUGGGCUCCUACACUGAUUUUGGGCCUGACUCGGCCCAAUACAACUGGCUCGUUACCGAUUUGAAGAAAGUUGAUAGAACAAAAACUCCAUGGUUGGUUGUUCUUUUGCAUGCACCAUGGUACAAUUCUAACACUGCUCAUCAAGGAGAGCUUGAAUCUUAUGGUAUGAAAUCAUCUAUGGAGGAUUUACUCUACGAGGCUCGUGUUGAUAUCGUGUUUGCUGGGCACGUUCAUGCCUACGAGAGAUUCACUCGAGUUUACAAAGACAAAGCUAAUAAUUGUGGUCCAAUAUACAUCACAAUUGGAGAUGGUGGUAAUAGGGAAGGUCUCGCUAGCAAGUACAUAGAUCCACAACCAAAAAUUUCACUAUUCAGGGAGGCAAGUUUUGGACAUGGAGAAAUUGAUGUGGUAAAUGUAACUCAUGCAAAAUGGACAUGGCAUAGAAAUGAUGAUGAUGAAGCUGUUGUUGCUGAUACUAUUUGGAUAACAAAUCUGGUUUCUAAUUCCCCUUGUAAAAUAUAAAGGCAAUAUUCAAACUGAAACCAAAAAAAAAAAAGGAGAGAGAGAGAGAGAGUAAUGAAAAAAUACUUGUGAGAUUGUAGACUUAGAAAAGAAUUUGAAAUUCAACAAUGAUGAUAGUAUAAUUCUAGUUUCAUGUCCAUGGAAAAAGGACCAGCUCAGUUUCAAACUUUGCUAUGAAGUUGGCUUUUU